CUCGUCUCUGUUUUUUUUAUUUCCUUCUGCUCGUUCGUGCCACUCUUUGAAUCUCAACUUUUCUCGUUUCUCUCCAACUUCUUCCGUCUCCGGAGAGUCUAACUUGAUAGAGUAUUUAACGUCUGUCGUCUUGUGACAUUUGAAGUUUCUAGUUUCUGAAUCUCCGACAAAUUUCCAACUCCGUCGUGUAGUGACAUUUGAAUUUUUCUUUUUGUCACCUAGCUCCGAUUUCUAAUUCUUCGCUUGAUAAGCGAAGCUGGAGAUUCUGUUUCAGCUUCGUGUUCCUAUGCAUUCGCAUGAAUUGACUGAAAUCGAGUAGCAAAAAUGGCGAAGCGUGGAUAUAAGCUGCAGGAGUUUUUGGCACAUUCCGCAAAUGUGAAUUGUCUGAGCAUCGGAAAGAAGACAUCACGGCUCCUUAUAACCGGCGGAGAUGAUUAUAAGGUCAACCUUUGGUCCAUCGGCAAACCCACUUCUCCAAUGAGUCUUUGUGGGCAUACAAGUCCGGUUGACUCAGUAGCUUUUAACUCGGAAGAGGUUUUGGUGCUCGCUGGAGCUUCUUCGGGUGUGAUUAAGCUGUGGAAUCUAGAAGAAGCAAAGAUGGUUCGAGCUUUUGUUGGACACAGAUCCGAUUGUUCUGCUGUUGAGUUUCACCCAUUUGGUGGAUAUCUUGCAUCCGGAUCCAGUGACACGAAUCUAAAGAUUUGGGAUAUCAGAAAGAAGGGAUGCAUCCAAACAUACAAGGGUCACACUCGUAGCAUUAGCACUAUCAGAUUUAGUCCUGAUGGUCGUUGGUUAGUGUCUGGAGGACUUGACAACGUUGUAAAGGUAAGAGAAGCAAUUUGGGAUAUAACUGCUGGAAAGCUCUUGCAUGAGUUUAAGUUUCAUGAAGGACCUAUCCGUUCCCUAAACUUCCACCCACUUGAGUUUCUCCUAGCAACAGGUUCUGCUGACAGGACUGUAAAAUUCUGGGAUUUGGAAACGUUUGAACUGAUUGGAUCUACUAGACCAGAGGCUACUGGAGUUCGCUCAAUCGCUUUCCAUCCGGAUGGGCGAACCCUUUUUUGUGGAUUGGAUGAUGGCUUAAAGGUUUAUUCAUGGGAACCAGUGGUAUGCCGGGAUGGUGUUGAUAUGGGAUGGUCAACACUUGGUGACUUCUGCAUCAACGAAGGAAAGUUCAUUGGUUGUUCGUAUUACCGCAACUCUGUCGGGGUUUGGGUAUCAGAUAUAUCGAAACUUGAGCCAUAUGGAGCUGGAUCCGCGGAAAAGAAUGAAUGCAUGGUGAAAAGAUUCAGCGUCUUGGAGGAUCAGUCGUCUGAGAGAAUGGGGACUUUCCCAAGGAGCAGUUCAUCCCCAGAUUAUGAGACAAAAGAGAUAAAGAACAUAUACGUCGACUCCGUAGGUGGACAUCUGACUGUUGCGCAAAAUCCAGCAUCUCUGAAAGCGACAUUUCCUUUGGAAUCAGGAAGAAUCGCUAAUAUGACGAGCGAGAAGCAGAAUGCAACAUGCUUUGGAGAAGUAGGGGAUAGCUCUUCUAGAAUGCAUAGUCUUGUAUCGCGGGACAGUGAUAGUGGGGAAGAGCCUUCUCAUUCAGGAAGGGAAUCUAUCACUUUCUCAAAAACUAAACCGGGUAUGUUGCUAAGACCAGCUCAUGUAAGCAAUACGCUAGCAAAGUUUGAAGAUUCAAACCAGUCAGUGGCUGUUCAGUCUGGAACUCGGAAGAAAAACGGAUUGGAUGUUGACGAGGAGCCACACUCUCAAAAUGUGUUCUUUUCAGAACAGAGCGGUAGUAAACCAUUUGAUGCUGAAAAUUCUACCAUCAAGGGAAUUACAUACAAGUUUGAAAAGGCUUUGUCAUCAGAGCCACCAACUGAUCGGAUGCUGCAUAAACCACCUCGUGUACAGAGGUCAUCAUAUAACGAGUACAAUGAGUCGAGACGAGCAAUGUCUGUUGAUUCUGGUACCUUUGACGACAACAAAAGUGGGUUGGAGAACUCAAGAAAGUUAUGCAAAGAGGAUAUCAGUAAGCAGAACAUUUCCGCCAAAAUUGAAAAAGCUCUUUCACCAGAAAAGCCUGGUGGUGAACAGAAAAUAAACGUUGUCUCGGGGAGGACACGCUCCUUAGUUGAGAGGUUUGAGAGAGGAGAAAAAACUACUCAUACAGAAACAGCAACUAGUACAACAAUAUCUCAGGAUAUUAAUGCGGUGCAGGAAGAUCCGCACAAGACAUCAAGACAGACAGGUGAAACUCCUCUAACAUCAACACGACGAGCUAGGAGUACUCCUGCCCGAGUGAUGCCUAUCGUACUCAAUCGUGACAGUAACAUGACAACUUAUGAGCCUCCUUCAACACAACCAGCUAGGACUUCUUCGGUUCCAGUGAUGCCUGUGGUACUCAAUCAGGCCGCUCAUGUCAAAUAUGAUGAGCCUUCUUCUGUAACAUUAACACAACAAUCUAGAACUUCUCCUGCCCGGAUAUUGCCAACAAACAUUGCAUGUGAUGCGGCUCCUGUUACGUCAAGAAGACCACGCAGGACUUCCUCAGCUCGAGUAAGGCCUAUGUCAAUCAGUCAAGCAAUGGACAUGACAUCUCAUGAGUGUCCUGUAACAUCAACACGUCCAGAUAGGACUUCUCCUGCUCGUGUAAUGCCCGCGAAACUCAAUCAGUCUGAUAACAUGGCAUGUGAUGCAUCUCGUGUCGCAUCCAGGCACCGAGUUAGUCCAACUCAAAUGCUGCCUACACCCACUUUGAUUGAUCAGGUGGUCAAUAUGACACUGGAUGAGACACAUGUAUCACAAACUCAGCCACCUUGCGAUACCUUAACCCAGAAGGAAGAGCCUCAAAUAUCUGGGAGAGAGAAUGAUACUGACAUCACUGAAAAGCUAAUGCAAACUCAUGAUGAGUUCUUAAGCACUCUUCAAUCGAGGUUGACAAAAUUACAGCUUGUUAGACAUUUUUGGGAGCGUAGCGAUGUUAAAGGCGCGAUCGGGGCCUUAAGAAAGCUGACAGAUCAGUCUGUUCAAGCAGAUGUGGUCAGUAUUUUAACCGACAAGAUAGAGAUUUUCACACUGGAUAUGUUCUCUAAAUUGGUCCCCGUCCUCACAAGUCUAUUGAGUAGCAGGACAGAGAGGCCGGUACAUGUGUCCUUGGAAAUGCUCUUGAAGCUUGUAGCAGUGUUCGGUACAGUUAUACGCUCAACUGUCUCAGCUCCACGGAUUGUUGGCGUUGAUCUUCAUGCGGAUGAUAGGAUACAAAUAUGCCAAAUUUGUUCUGCGGGACUGCACAAGAUUCAGAGGAUUCUUCCACUUCUCGCAAGAAGAGGCGGUCUAAUAACAAGAAAGGCUCAAGAACUAAACCUAGUCCUUCAAGAACCAUAGUCACAGGCAAAACCAACAAUGAUCAUAUAACUGCUCCGCAAGUAGUUCUUGUAAAUGUACAUUAAUUGCAAAGAAGCAUUUUGUGUCUCUUGCUGCGGGUUUCAAGCUAUAUGAUCUCCCAGAGGAAAUACUUGGAAGCUAAUUUGGUAUAUGGUGGUUGUAAAUCAUUUUUGUUGGCCUGAGUAGCUUCAAAUCUUGAUUUGUUGUUGUGACUGUUACGUGGAACUGAUGUAAGUCUGAGUUUAAUUCCUAACUGAUGUACUAUAAUGGGUUUGUGUAGUCUUUCUUAUUUUGCCUACAAUGUCAUUUGUGAUAGACUAAAUACACACAAAGCAAUUGCUUGC